CCGCUUGCUUCCUCUCUGCACUCCCUCCACUUUCUCUCUCUUCCCCUCUCUCCUCACUCGCCUCGCCAUUAAAACGCAAAGCUCCAAAAACAGAACACUCUGCACAAGAAAAUCGUCUUAUCUUCUCCCUGAUCCCAACCUCGAACCUUCCAUCUUGAACCAUCCCAGUCCGUGAAUUCCUUCCCCCCGAUCGCCGCCGGAUUUUCCUGGAUUUUUUUUCCAGAUUUUUUGAGGUAUUUUUGGUUGGGGGGCGGUUCCAUUGCCAUUCCUCGGCGGGGAUAGGGUUAGGGUUUGUUGGGAUGAGGGUGCACGGGGAGGUGUCGGACGACGAGGAGGCGGCGGCUGCGGCGGGGGAGCCGGUGCCGCUGACCCCGCCGCCCGCCUCCGCGGGGCAGCAGCGGCUGGUGGUGGGCUACGCCCUCACCAAGAAGAAGGUCAAGAGCUUCCUGCAGCCCAAGCUGCUCGCGCUCGCCAGGAAGAAAGGCAUUCAUUUCGCAUCAAUUGAUGAGACUCGUCCUCUCUCCGAACAAGGCCCAUUUGACAUCAUUUUGCACAAGCUUACUAGCAAGGAGUGGCAGCAAGUUCUGGAGGAUUAUCGUGAAGAGCAUCCAGAAGUGACUGUCCUUGACCCACCAAAUGCUAUCCAACAUUUGCACAAUCGCCAGUCCAUGCUUCAAGAAGUUGCUGAUCUGAACUUGUCCAAUGGCUAUGGUGAGGUUUGCACUCCACGGCAGCUGGUUAUCAUGAAAGAUCCGUCUUCCAUACCUGAUGCAGUUGCCAAGGCUGGACUAACCUUGCCCUUGGUUGCCAAACCAUUGGUUGUUGAUGGAACAUCAAAAUCUCAUGAGCUAUCCCUUGCAUAUGUGGAGUCAUCGUUGCCUUUGCUUGAUCCUCCUCUUGUUCUCCAGGAAUUUGUCAACCAUGGUGGGAUCCUGUUUAAGGUAUAUAUUGUUGGUGAAACUAUACGUGUUGUCCGCCGGUUUUCGCUUCCUGAUGUCAACACAUAUGACUUGGGAAACAAUGAUGGCAUCUUUCGGUUUCCAAGAGUUUCCUGUGCUACAAAUAAUGCAGAAGAUGCAGAUGUUGACCCUUCUAUUGCAGAACUUCCUCCAAAGCCACUUCUAGAAAAACUCGGCAAGGAGCUUCGACGCCGACUGGGUCUUAGACUGUUUAACAUAGAUAUGAUUAGAGAACAUGGAAGAAAGGAUCGGUACUAUGUCAUCGACAUCAACUAUUUUCCUGGGUACGGCAAGAUGCCAGGAUAUGAGCAUAUAUUUACUGACUUCUUGCUAAGCCUCGUGCAAAGCAAGUACAAGAUGCUUUUAAGCGGGAGCUGAAGCGUAGAGAAGCUUGCCAAGAUGGAGACUAUUGACAGAUGCCAAACAGCCAUGUAGCAGUGGUCGGUGGCAACUAGAUAGAUUUUCCAUAUUGUACAUAGCAAGGGGAUGGGGGUUAACCUUGACAGGAAGUGCAUAUUAGAAGUCAAAGGAGAAAUGCAGCAUGUGGGCGGGGAUGAUAUGGGAAGAAAUGUUCGUUGUCCUGUUGCCAACCUGUGUAAAUCGUUAAACUGAGACCCUACCUUGGCUUCUUUGCAACAAGAUGUUGUAGCUAGUCCUCAUCAGAUGCAAGGCGUGCAUAAUCUUUGAUAACCUGAUGCUCUGUUGUGGUUGUGGACACCUUGAAGCCUCGAAAAUCUUUCUGAACUUAGAAGGUAAAGGCAAACAGAACUCAUGGAUUCAAUUACCAAUUGCUGCUGAAGGUUACCUUGAGACAUUCA